AUGUCGCCGGCUCAACUCCGGAUCGCGCGGCGCCGUGCUUUACGAUACACCCUGGGUUUAGCCCCCCCCGCUCUCCUCGAAUCCCCCAUCCUCCUUACCAACACGAAGGUUGAGCCUUCUCCAACUACUGGAACCCUCAAUAUGUCCUCUGCCAUGGAUAAAACUAUUUGUUCAGACACCUUAUCUUCUCAAAGGCAUACUUCUGAUGUCAGUGCAUAUGAUGGAAGGAAUCCUGAAGAUUUUCAGUUCAAACCUCAAGUUGGAGCAUCUUAUAGUCUAGGCCUAUCUUCAUUAAGACCUAUCUCUGAGAUAGGUAACAAUAUGACCAUGUUUUCUGGAGGCCACUCAGAGCAGGUUUCUGCAGGCUUGAUCAAAAAAGAGCAUGAGCCUUCUAUGCAGAGUCAAAAUCAAUCUCAAGGUCAGAACCCGGUUGCGUCUGAAAAUGAAUCAAUUCUAUCAGAAUCUGUUCCGAAUUCAGCUAUUGAAGUAACCAAUUUGAGAGUUUAUCUGCCAGCUGAAGCAGCUUCUGAAGAUGGUUAUAACUGGAGAAAGUAUGGGCACAAGCAUGUCCAAGGUAGUGAAUAUCCUCAGAGCUAUUACAAAUGCACACAUCCUACUUGUGAAAUGAAGAAACAAAUGGAACGUUCUCAUGAUGGAAUGGUCACUGGAAUCAUCUAUAAAGGUCAUCAUGAUCAUCCUAAGCCCCAAUCUAGUCGUCGUUUAGCAGCUGGUACAAUGCUCUCCUGCCAUGAAGAGGAAAAAACUGAUAAAUUGUCUUCUUUAAUGAGUGUUGAAGAUGAGUCAACAAAUGCACCUGACCACACGUAUCAUCAGAUUGAUCCAAACAGUAUUACUGAGUCUCCUUAA